AUGACUGUCCUCUCCAAAGAUCCCGUGCAGAGCCUGCGUCAAGAAUACGAAAACAACCCUCCGAGUUCAACAGCGGUCGAAACCGCGCCCGCGCAGAAUCCUUCCUUACAGCGGGCGACCACUUCAUACUUUUCGGUCCCUCGACGUCAGCCCGCCGACCAGGCAGCUGCUCCGGCGGCAGAAUCUCCCGUGGAUGUAGCCAAGGGCGCCAGAUCUGGCAAAGAACUGCUUCGCCGUCUCAGCCUUGUCGACCACAAGGACGCCGAGGCGUUGAUUGUUGACCCUCGCACAGCCUACCCCGGAUUGCGGUUGAGCGGAAAUGUGAUCAGCGCAACCUUCUGUAUCCCGUAUCAGCUUUCUCAUGGCCCGAAUGGCGAGUGGGCUCUCUCGAACCGGCGUGGCACCUCCGCUUUGUUUGAUUCAUUCCGCCAUCUCUCGUCUGACAAGACGCCAUGGAACCAUACCUUAGUCGGCUGGACGGGUGAGAUUCAAACACAGGCCGACGCCCAUACGGUGAGCAUGCUUCAGAACGAUGCCACGUCGACAACUGCCCAAUCCCAGGCCCAAGCUCUCGCGAAUACCCCUAUCAACAAGUCUGCUGCUCCCUAUCCCGUUGACGGUGGUACGCAACACCAACAAAACCAACACGGUGACUCCCUAUGGGUGUCACGUUCCGAUCGGAAUCGUCUCGAGAAGACUCUUGCACACCAUCCGAACGGCAAAACCGUGCCUGUGUGGCUGCCGGACGGGCCGACUGAUGAAAAUGGUGAUUUCCUUUUCAAGGACCAGAGUCGUUGGCGGAGUUAUGCGGAACAUGAAUUGUACACACUCUUUCACUACCGACACCAUGGUCCGGACGAUGGCCGAGCGGAGAAGACCUCAUGGGCGGACUACGUGACCCUGAAUGAAGCCUUUGCCGAUCGCAUUCUGCACGUCUACCAACCUGGGGACAUUGUCUGGAUCCACGAUUAUCACUUGAUGCUGUUGCCAAGUUUGCUUCGUCAACGCAUCCCGAACAUCUACCUCGGCUUCUUCUUGCACAUCCCCUUCCCCAGCAGCGAGUAUAUGCGUUGUCUUCCUAGAAGGAAGGACGUGUUGACAGGUGCUCUUGGGGCCACCAUGAUCGGAUUUCAAUCUUACAGCUUCUCGCGGCAUUUCAACUCCUGCUGUAAACGCAUCUUGGGCUUUGAAUCCAGCUCGGCCGGGGUCGACGCGUACGGCGCUCAUGUUGCCGUGGAUGUCUUUCCCAUCGGCAUCGAUGUGGGGUCCGUGCAAAAGCUCGCGUUUCUGGACCCGGUGAUCGAGCAGAAUAUGGAAGCCUUGACACAGCUGUAUGCGGGCAAGAAGAUCAUCGUCGGCCGCGAUAGACUCGACACUGUCCGAGGAGUGGCGCAGAAGCUGAUGGCAUUCGAGAUCUUCUUGGAGCGGUAUCCCGAAUGGCGUGAUAAGGUGGUGCUGAUCCAAGUGACCAGUCCCACCAGCGUCAUGGAGGAGAAGGUGGACGGUGCGCACAAGGUCGAACAUCACAUUUCGAACUUGGUGUCAAGGAUAAACGGCAAAUACGGGUCUUUGAGCCAUGCGCCAGUCCAGCACUAUCCACAAUAUCUGACCUCCCAAGAGUACUUUGCGCUGUUGCGGGUCGCAGAUGUUGGGCUCAUCACCAGUGUCAGAGAUGGAAUGAAUACUACCAGCCUGGAAUACGUGAUCUGUCAGAAGGAUCAUCAUGGCCCGUUGAUUUUAUCGGAGUUUUCUGGCACUGCGGCCAGCUUAGGAAAUGCCAUUCACAUCAACCCGUGGGACCUGGGAGGCGUGGCACAGGCUCUGAAAUAUGCACUCGAGAUGCCCGAGGAGAAGAAGCGGAGCGACCACGAGAAACUGUACAAUUAUGUGACGACUCACAACGUGUCGAGCUGGAGCAAUAAUUUCCUCCGGCGACUCCUCACCAACCUUACUUCCUUUACUCAGAGCGAUCUUACCCCGGCACUGGACCGCAAUCGCAUGAUCCAACAGUAUCAACAGGCCAAGAAACGCCUUUUCAUGUUCGACUAUGACGGCACGCUGACUCCGAUUGUCAAAGACCCCAAUGCCGCCAUUCCUUCCGAUCGCGUGCUCCGGACCCUCAAAGCGCUGGCUGCCGAUCCUCGCAACAAUGUCUGGAUCAUCAGCGGGCGCGACGCCUCCUUCCUAGAAGAGUGGAUGGGCCACAUUACUGAAUUGGGAUUGAGUGCUGAACACGGUUGUUUCAUGCGCCGCCCGGGCUCGGAGCAGUGGGAGAACCUUGCCGCCUCGAUGGAUAUGGGUUGGCAGAAGGAGGUCAUGGACAUCUUCACCCACUACACCGAACGCACACAGGGAUCGUGGAUUGAGAAGAAACGCGUCGCCCUCACGUGGCAUUAUCGGCAAGCCGAUCCUGACUUUGGGGCAUUCCAAGCCCGUGAAUGCCGCAAGGCUCUGGAGGACAACGUGAUGAAAAACUGGGAUGUGGAGGUCAUGUCCGGAAAGGCAAACUUGGAGGUCCGUCCUCAAUUUGUCAACAAAGGGUUCAUUGCCACGCGGUUGAUCAACGAGUAUGGAUUUUCCGGUGGCGAUCCGCCCGACUUUGUGCUAUGCCUGGGAGAUGAUCAGACGGAUGAAGACAUGUUCCGCGCCCUACUGAAAACUAACCUACCCAAGGAUGACAUCUACGCGUGCACGGUCGGGGCGAGCAGCAAGCGGACGCUUGCUACAUGGCAUCUUCUAGAACCCAGCGAUGUCAUUGCGAGUCUCGCGGCCUUGAUCAAGCAGGAAAAUCUGUAG